CCUCUUGCCUGCAAAGGAAGCUGAACUCCGGAGAUCAAAACAUGUCGCAACAGGUUCUGUCGUUUUCAGAACAAACUGACGGUAUCACUUCUAUUACCAAUUUCUCAUACGAUCAUGCAAAGGUGCGUGAGCUUGCAUCUCAUAUGGUAUUAGUGCAUGAGUAUCCAUUUUCUAUGAUGGACCAUCAUGUUUUCAACAAGUUCAUGAAAGCUGCAACUCCUUUCUAUAAAAAGAUUACCCGUCAGCAAGUGAAAGAAGAUUGUUAUACAACUUAUGAACUAGAAAAAAGAAAGCUGAAACAUCUUUUAAAGGGUGCUAGGAUCAGCUGGGUGUUCGAAAAUCAGUAUCUGGUCUUGAGAGAAUGGCAAAAGGAUAUUUCAGAAAAUCACGGGAUUUUUCAAGAAUUAGACAUCUGGGUCCAAGCAUGGAACAUCCCUCUUCACUGGUUCUCGAUGAAAGUUGGUCGCAAAGUUGGGGGAGCAUUCAAGCAUAUUAAAGAUGUCCAAAUUCCGCAUGGAGGACCUCUGUCUGGCAAAUGUUUAAGGCUGAAGGUAACAUUAGACCUGAAUUCACCGAUACCUCGCUGCACUCACUUAAAACAGGGAGAUAGGAAGGUGCUCGUUGCAUUCAAGUACGAAAAACUCUUGAGCUUAUGUUAUUAUUGCGGAAUGCUAGGUCACUUAGACAAGAACUGUGACCAAAGAGCUACUGAUAUUCGACAAGGAAGCAUGAUGGAAGGGCAAUUUGGUGAGUGGCUAAAAGCCCAAGAGUUCAAUUCUGCCAACUAUAAUUACUAUAUGAUAUCCAACCCUAUCACCCAUCCUACCAGCAACAAUUCCAGCCAAGACACAUCCACCCACACAAACAAUCAAACAGACAACCACCCACCUUCCCCUACCAGCAAUAUUUCUAAACAGAACCCAAUCCCUAUGGCCACAAACAAUUUACUUACAACUCCCAUAUCUCCCCAGCCACAUAAAGCACAACACAUUUGUUCCAUUCCAGCUUCCCAAAAAAAAGAAAUCCAUCCUCAAACCUCCAAAAAUGCAGAUAUCACUGACUCUGCUAAACCGGUUUACCCAAUCACAGAUACCAACUCCCAACCAAUAACUCCCCUUGCUGAUACCAUGGAUACCGACACCUCUCUGAUUAAUAGCACCAGCAAUAACACACCAGCAAAUCACCUAAUUGACUCUCCCACUCAUCUGUCUCAG